AUGGGGCUCCCGGUCACGAUUAAAGUCAAUUUUCGCGGGAAUGUGAAGAGAUUCCUGGCUCAGGAUGUGGACAAAUUGGAGUGGGAGUCCGUGGAAGCCUGGAUCAAAGCGUCAUUUGGGAUCAACCACUUUCAAGUUAAGUACUUUGAUGAAGAUAAUGAAGAGAUCUGCAUAAACAGUCAAGAUGAAUACGAAGAAGCAAUCAAGAGUGCAGAGAAGCAGGGGAACCAGCUGCACAUGAAUGUGUACAAGAUGAAGGGUCAGGCAUGCGGCGGUCCUCUGAAGGCGGAGGUGAAGGAGCUUAAAGGAGACCUCCGACCUGCUCCGCCGUACCCGUCAAGAGUUAAAUCCGUGGACAAAGGCACUCAGAUCACCCCAGAGCGAGAAAGCGUAGCAGUAAAAGAAAACAAGGGGAAUAAACCUGACGAUGAUCCUCCUCCUAUGUGGUUCAGAUCGUACAUGGAGAAGUUUAAGGACGAAGUCGUAAAGGAGGUGGUGGAACGGAUGUGCAACGACUUCUCCGGCCAGUGUUGCACUCACAAAUCCUCCGACGGGCUCCAAGAGGACUGUGGGGCCAUUGAAGGACCUAUAGGGCCCCGACCGGGCCCCUCCACCUCUAACGGAUCGCUAGGGUACACCCCAAACUGCAGCACCUGCAACAAGCUCACCUCUGAGGGGGCUUACAAAUGCAGUGUGUGCCCAUCCUGCAUCCUGUGUGAGAUGUGCAGACACAGCCACGAUCCGAGCCACAGCCUGGUGAGAACCAAGACGCCUCUCUCCAUCCCCGAGCAUGGAAUGUCGGGAGAGUUUAGGUUCCCAAGGCGAGGAGACAGGACUGUGCGCAAGGCCGAGAGACAGCGCCUCAAAGCUGAAAGAAGGCAGCUGAAAGCAGAGGUGAAGGAAAUCAAGAAGAAACUGAGGCUGGAGAAGAGGGGGAUGCAGUGGAGCGGACCCCCUACCUCAGACAGAGCCAGCCUGGCAAACAUGGCGUCCACAUCCACCCAGUUCCCGGCGCUGCCUCCUCCCGCUGCCUCAGAAUCAGCCUCAGGUCCCGCCACAGACCCAGGUCACAUCCCAGCCCCGGUCCCCGACCCCCAGGCCUCCAGUCCAGAGGGUCCCGGGGUCUCGCACACGUCCUUGGUGCCCACUAUGGCUGCCUUGUUUCUGGAUGAAAAUCUGCCUGAUAACACCCGUCUGGAGCCUGGUACCAAGUUCAUCAAAUACUGGAAGAUGAAGAACUCGGGCACAAUCAGCUGGACUUCAGAGACCAAGCUAGUGUUCAUGUGGGGAAACCUCGGCUUGGCGUCGGAGGAGAGGAGGGAGGUUCCAGUGCCCCUUCUGCUUCCGGGACAAGUGGGCGUGGUCAGUGUGGCCUUUGUGGCUCCCGUCAUGGAGGGGAUGUACACCUCCCACUGGCGGCUGGCGCACUGCGGCUGUCAGUUCGGCCCGCGGGUCUGGUGCAGCAUUGUGGUCGACUCUGGCAGCGGCCGCAACGGGCUCGGGCACCAAAGCAAGCGAUUGAAGGAGGAGGUGAAACCGGCGGAGAAGGAGGCGACACCCAAGGAGAGUGGCCCUGCCUUCGCUGCAGACCUCCCCCAAGAAGACUUCUACUUCCCAUCGGUCGACCUGCUGACCGCACAGGAUCUGCUUUCAUUUGAGUUGCUGGACAUAAAUAUUGUGCAAGAGUUGGAAAAAGUCCCCAACAACACUCCCGUUGCUUUGACUCCCUGCAUCUCUCCCCUCCCCAAUGAUUCAUCUUUGUUGGAAAGGACGAUGACUUCACAGACGAAGGACGAGUCGGAGACCACAGGAGUCCGCAAACUCUUCGGAGUCAAACUGAGGCCCAAAGACGUGUUGGAGCCCGUAGCGCAAGACGAGGAGAAGGAGGAGGAGAUCAGUGGAGCUCAGUUCCUCUGCGAGACGGUGAUCCGCUCCCUCACGCUGGAGGAGGCCCCGGACCACAGGCCCCUGCGCCGAGCCAAGCACAGCAGCCUCAAACCGCAGGUUGUUACCCGGGGGCCCGGCUUUGGCUUUGAGAGGGGAGUCGGGGUGGAGGAGAAGCAGAAGGCGAAAGUUAAGCAGGAGGAGAUGAAUGCCGACAGAAUCCAGAGUAUAGCGCCGCCUGUAAAUACCGUCUUCAACCAACUGACCCAGGGAGAGGACGACUCAAGGCCGGAUCCUGAGUUCGGAGCCGAAAAUGUAAACCUUAAUAUCAGCUCACAUCAAGAUAACGAAGACAAAGAGGUUUUGCACACUAUGCAAAACAUGAAGGAGAAGAAUUGCGAGAAAGAAGAAGGCAGAACCAGAGAAGACUGGGAUGAGGUCAGCAGCCAGACGUCCUCCGUCUCCUCCAGCGACGACUACAUCAUCGUCCUCCCAGACUGCUUCGACACCAGCCGGCCCCUGGGCGAGUCCAUGUACAGCUCCGCCAUGUCGCAGCCCGACACCGCCGCCGCGAGCGCCACCGCGGCCUCUUCGACCGACCCGGACCAAGAGCAGGAAAAGGACGAGCCCUGCAACUUUGAGCCGUGCAGGGAGGCGCCGCUGAUGGAGAGGAAGGAAGAAGAGACCAUCGCCGUGGAGGAGUCGCUGGGCAACACCUGGCCCCUUCACGUCUCGCCCAUCCACAGCAGCGUGAACCAGAUGCUGUGCGCGUCGCAAACGCUCGACGCCGUGACGCUCACGCCUGAAGUGGUGCCGCCGCCUGUCGUGCCUCAGCCCCUGCACCCCACACCGGUCAUCUACUCGCCCAGAUCGGAGGCGCUGUAUCUGGCUGGGGAUCCCAGUCCUCCGGCCUGCGAAUCGUACGAGCCGCAACAACCACGGGUUCACCUAAAUGUAUCAUCCGGUCUGUCCAGAUCAGCCGGCUCAGCAUGCAGUGCCUUUGAGGCGUACAAUCCGAGAGCGGGCAAAGCGCUGCAGCCAAGGGGCCAAGGAGGCAUCACAGAGGGACUUGUCAAAGGGGCCCUUUCUGUGGCCGCAUCUGCUUAUAAGGCUCUCUUCACUGGACCAAACUGUUCCAUACAGCGAGGGAUCGACCCUGCCAGACAGGACCCUUCCAUGAUGGCCGUGCUGCUGGAGAUGGGCUUUAAGGACCAGCAGCUCAACCAGCAGCUGCUGAGGAAGCACGGCUACAACCUGCUGCACACCGUCAACGAGCUGGUCCAGAUGGCCGAGGAAAGCCAGAAUGAAGCUGCUGACCCUCCGCAAUGAGCCGAUGCCGAGCUUUUGCGAAGGCGCCUCCUAGACUCAUAGGAAAAGAGUUAUUUCAGCUUUUGAGCUUAAUUUAAAAAAAGAGUAAUGAUAGAGUUGGGCUUUUAAAUGUCUCAUAUUCUUGUGUUUGGAUUUGUUUUUGUUUUUUUCAAUUGCUUUUUCAACAUUACACUACACUUUCGUCUCCAAAUAUAUGGAAGAAAAAUUGAAAA